AUGAGCCGCAAGCAGGGCAAGGCUCCAGCAUCGUUCAUGGAGCGCGAGCUGCGGGAGCACCACGUGAGCCAGCUGCAGCAGUACCCGAGCGAGUGCGUGAGCCAGCUGCUGCAGUACCCGAGCUGGCACGUCAACCUGCAGCUGCAAGCGCUUCUGCUGCAACUCUGCCUGUCGGCAGCCCCGCCGUGA